GGCCGCCUCCUGGCUCAGCGAUUGGCUGAGAGCACCGAAGCCCCGCCCCUUCCGGUGCACCCCGCCCUCUCAGACCCCGCCCGCACGGCGAUGGCUGCCGAUAGCCCCGCCCCUUCCGGUGACCACGCCCCUGUAAGCCCCGCCUCUUCCGAAGACUCCGCCCCAUCUUUGGACAGCGCUCCGUCCCCAGAGGGUGCCAUCGAGGAACGGGUGGAGCUGCGCCCGGGGCACUUCGAGGUGCUGCUGUGCGCUGAUGUCACCGAGGGCACCGGCCCGGGCCGGUCCCGCGGGGCGCUGCCCCCCCUGCAGGCUGUGGGGCAGCGGGUGGAGCUGCGCCGGUUGCCGGUCGGUGACUUCCUGUGGGUGGCACGAGAGACAGAUCCGCCCCCAGGUGGGCGGGACUUCCGGCGGGAGGGACUUCCGGUGGGCGUAGUGGGCGGGGCUAUGGGUGGGUGUGCGGGGUGUUGUGAAUGGUAGG